CUAACCGGCAACCCCCUGUGAGAAGCGAGGGCCACUCAUCGAGCACAUGUCAGCGCAGUGCGUCGAGGAGAUCGAAAGCGGGAGCACUCACGUUUCGGAACUCGUCACAGAAAGGACUUUUAUUCACAUAGUUUGGACCAAGUGGGGGACUGUGCCCCUAAGUGAGAAAAUUGUAGCCUAGAAGGGUCAUGAACUACAUCGGCAAGUUCAUAUCCAACUUUAAAGAUUUCUACAAUGAGAUCAAUGCUGCAACUUUAACAGGUGCCAUCGAUGUUGUUGUGGUGCGACAGGAAGAUGGCUCCUACCUCAGCUCUCCCUUUCACGUUCGCUUCGGCAAGAUGGGUGUACUCCGGAGCCGAGAAAAAGUGGUUGAUAUUGAAAUCAAUGGAGAGCCCGUGGACAUACACAUGAAGCUAGGGGAGUCGGGAGAAGCCUUCUUCGUCCAAGAACUCGAGGACAGUGAGGAAAUUAGUCCCCUCCUUGGCACCUCGCCUCUUCCACCAUCCUUCCUCCAGGAGAAACUCGAUCUCGCCAGAGCAGAGGAUGAGGACUCGAGACCCAGGGAUUCUGGAGUUGAUGAGUCCAUUUCCUCGUCUGUUGGCCAGUCGACGGUGGCAGGUGAUCUCGCGGUCACGGCCUCGCCAGAGACGGAAACGGCAGGAGAUCAAGAUUCCACCGUAUCGCACUUGACCGACAUUGGAGAUGGUGUCAAAAUCGUCAGUGUGAAAUUAUCGGAGGACCCCAAGAGUGAGAUUGGCAUUGUCAGAAUUAUCCGUAAAACGGACGCCAAAGUAGAGAGAAGAGACCAUGGGACUCAGACUAUUAACAAUAAUAACUUAACAAAUAGUAACAAGAAGGUAGAAGUCAACAUCCAAGGGAAGGGACCCAACUCGAAGUCACAAGUUGGUGAUGGUGCUGUUCAGAAACGCAAUAGUUUAAUCAUGGAUGGCCAGGGAAGCAAAACCGAUGGAGAAGAAACCGUCAGAUUGAACAAGAGCAUCCGCCGCAAGCGCAAGAAGCGUUGUAAUGGAAAGAAGAGCCGCCCCAAGAGCACCGGGAGCCAGUCGAGCGACACAUCGACAACAAGCGAGGUUGCAGAUAUCAAUGCCGUGUUACCCAGUGGUGGAUCACCAGGGAAUCAAGAUGGAAUUUUUGUAAUGGAUGAUAUUGAGAAUAAUGAGAAGUCUGGUCCAAGCACGUCUACUCCCACCUCCCACAUGGCGCAGUCGUCUUCGAUGCCGUUGCUGCGUGAGAAGUCCCGGGAGGAAGUGGUCGACGAAUGGAGUGGCUCCAUGUCCCGAUCCAUGGGACCUGACUUCCAUCCAUUCAGUGAUACCGACCUUAGCCCUCCACCAAGCCCAUCGAGUUCAAGACCCCCAACACCAAUCAAGUCUGACACCGAGUACGAGGUCGAGAGACAGCGGACGGACUUCAUCGACGGCUCCUCGCAGACGGACGAGAACAAGUGGUCCUGGACCUGGGGAGAACUUCCCACACCGCCUCCGAAGACCCCAACGCGCACGUCCUCCUCAGCUGCGGAUUCCUCGGAGAUGAAGAGCGAUAGCGAUAUGAAGAAAUCGUCGAAAGGAGAUGAUGAUGAGCGGUCUGUGUUGGGCAGUAUGUUUAGCUUCAUGCGGGCUACCAAGAAAGCUCGUCACAAUCCAGAGAGUGAGGGCAUCUACCUUGAUGACCUGAAUCUGGAGGAACUAGACCCAGAAGUGGCAGCACUGUAUUUCCCCCGUAACUUCAAGGUUCCAGAAAAGCCGGGCUACAACAGCUUCUCCUCUGCAAGCGCUGUGAAGGAUGACGAUGUUGAGUCAGGUAACGGUCCUUCCUUGCCUCAGUCUCCGCACAGUGUCGAGGGAGCCAUCGGGGGACCGAAACUGUGCAGCGAUUCAGACUUUGAAGAUUACCGUCACCCCAUCUUCGAUUACAAGGGUUACCAUGAUAUUGCCUUCUCGCUCUGUGGCCGCCUCCAUGAAUACGAAGGGGACUUCCCAGAGAGCCUUUUUAUGCAAAGUCUAGUCACUUACGAUGAUUUUUGUGAAAAUCCACAAAUUCUCGAAAACCCCGACCUGGUCGUUAGGUUUGGGGGCAAGUACCUGAAUUGGCGCACUGUUUCUCCACAGAUUCUCUCUCUUGUGUUGUUCCAGCGACCUGUGCCUCAGAAACUCUCAGAAGCUCUCUGUAAGGAACACAUGACCAAGAAGGAAAUCAGAAAGAGGUCCGAGUCGAAGGGAUACUCUUGGUUCUCUUGGAGGCGCACCAAUCCAGAGGAUGCUGAUGCUCCUCAGAACAAGAGUGAAGAUAUUGCAGUCAAGAAGGAAGUUUCUGGUUCUUUAGAGCAGAGCAGUGAAAAAUCCGUGACAGAGGAGAUCCUAAACCCCGGUGAUCCAAACCUCGUUGAGGUUACAGCUGCUGAGACUCAGACCACCCCACCAGGCACUCCGAAGAAGAAGGGACUUCACGGUCAUACCCCAGGGACAGAUUCCUCCGAGUCUGAGGAUCUCGAAGAUAGGAAGGACCGCAGGCCCUCUGGAGAUCGCUACAAGAAGAGUUUGAGACUGACAUCAGAACAAAUUGAAAAACUAAACUUGAGAGAGGGAAGCAAUGAAGCCCUAUUCUCAGUUACAACAGCCUAUCAGGGAACAACACGAUGCAAGUGCCACAUUUUCCUAUGGAAUCAUGAUGAUAAGAUUGUUGUAUCAGAUAUUGAUGGCACUAUAACGAAAUCUGAUGUGCUAGGGCAUCUGCUGCCCAUCUUGGGCAAGGACUGGGCCCAAAGUGGGGUAGCUCAACUCUUUACCAAAAUCAAGAACAAUGGCUACCAUUUCUUGUACCUGUCUGCAAGAGCCAUUGGACAGGCACGUAUCACUCGGGACUAUCUCCGUUCCAUCAAACAGGGAGACUUGUCACUACCUGAUGGGCCUCUAUUAUUAAAUCCUACGUCCCUAGUGCAAGCUUUCCAUCGUGAAGUCAUUGAGAAGAAGCCAGAGGAAUUCAAGAUCUCUUGUUUGAGGGAUAUCCAGGCAUUGUAUCCACCUGGUAGAAAUCCUUUCUACUCUGGAUAUGGAAAUAAGAUCAAUGAUGUGUGGGCCUAUCGUGCUGUAGGAAUUCCCAUUUCUCGAAUAUUUACCAUCAACCACAGAGGCGAGCUCAAGCAUGAAUUAACUCAGACAUUCCAAUCCUCUUACAUACGACAAAGCAAAGUAGUUGAUGAAACUUUCCCUCCUCUGCCAAGAACAAUGGUGCCUCGUAACCUUGUUGGGUUCAUGUACAGUGAUAGUGAAGCAGAAAAUUGCAGCUGCAGUGAUAAUGACAUUUGUGACUGUUACGACAGUGACUGGGAGGGGUUUCCUUCGGGGAUAGAUCUAUCGGAACUUGGUUCAUAAUUCAAGGAGACCAUUCGGAUGAUUCUUUUGAAAGGGAUGGAUUAGACGAAAGAAUGCAUUACUGGAAAUUAUUGCUGUCAUUCUGAGUAGGUUAAAAGGAAACCACUCCAUUCACAUGGGCCAGGCAGAAGGCUGUCCCACGCUAAUCAUUUCAAGUUCAGCUUCUGUUAAAGCUCACUGAAAUUUAGGGUAAGGGUAAGGUAUAUGUUUGAACACAGUAUCAGCCUGUACUUAACAGAGCUUGCCCUUACACUUUCCUAGAUUUACUGAACCAAAUAUCAAGCUUUCUAAUGCUUUGAGGCUUCAUUAACAUGCAUCUGGUAAUUCCUGCAUAAUAGGCGUUAUACUGCAACACGUACAAGGGUCGUACAAUUUUUCCAUUGUUUUUUUUAUACACGCGAAAACAUUUUAUUUUCUGUGGGGGUAAUAUAACCAUACUUCCAUAAGUGAUAGAAAGUUGCCUUUUGUUUUUAACAGGUUUGUGGUAUUGUAUUAGAUGCUCUUUGCUUGCAUAAAGAAAGGUUGCUAAUCCUAGUAUAAAUGAGACUAACAGAAUUAAGGUUGCGGAGGAGAUGGUUUGUGCAUGUAAAGACUGAAUUGAAUGAGCAUCUACUAACAAAUGAAACCCUGUUGUUCCCAUAUGUUAUGAUGUGCUACAUGUGAUACGUUAUGUUUUUUCUGAGAAGUUUUCUCACUUAGAGAUACUUUUCCAUGGUAAGGAGAGUGCUUCAUUUGUAUGUUGACAACCCUGAAAGUACAGUACACUUUUGUAUUGUACUUUGUGAUUCCCUAAUGUCAUUUUUUUUCUAUUUUAUUUAUGUUUCCUUCAUUCUCUUAAGGCUUAAAUUUUCCUGUAAGACAUAUUUUUCUUGAUGUUCCCAAAAGAUUAUUUAUCAAUAUUAGGAGGAUGUCUCCCAAAGUUCCUGUUUAGGAUAGAAAAUGUGUUUUUUGAAAUGCACUUUCAAAAUCUAUUUCUAAUUCAGUAACUCUCAUAAAUACCAGAUGAUAUUUCAUGCUGCUUAUUGCUUA